AUGGCCACUGCUGCUACUGUUGUCGGAAUUAGCACUGGUAAAAGGCUUCAUCUCGCCCUUAAAUGCACCACCGAGCAGCUGCAAUUUCAACCUAAAGAGAGAAUUACUAUCACUGCCAAAAAGUCAUCAUCAAACGGACGGCAAAUUCCUCAGUCCAUCAAACAAAAUCGUCACCUGGAAUCUGCUGCUACAUUGGAGCCUCAGCUAGAAACUUCCGAUCCUGAGUAUUUGGUUGAUGCUAUCCUUCUCUUGCAGAAAUCUAUGCUUGAAGAGCAGUGGAAUCUUUCCCCCACGAAAACAUCUACUAAACCAAAAGAUAGAGAAAAAGCCCCGAAGCAAAUUCAAGUAAUUUGCUCUGGAACUUCUGCACGGCGUCGCAGGAUAGAUUCCAGAGCAAAAGAUUUCAAUAGGAAAAAUCAUAAUAAUUCGUGGAGACCCUUUAUCAGUCCAGAUAAGAAUAGCUUGAAAGGUUAUGUAAAGGGUAUUGUAAGUGAAGAAUUGCUCAGUCAUGCACAAGUCGUUCAGCUAUCACAGAAGAUUAAAACUGGCCUUUUGGUGGAAGAGCGUCGGUCCAGGCUGAAAGACAGAUUGGGUUGUGAGCCUUCAGAUGAGCAACUUGCAAAUUCCCUUAGGAUUAGCCGCACUGAUUUACAGUCCAAAUUGAUUGAAUGUUCACUGGCAAGAGAAAAGCUGGCUAUGAGCAAUGUUCGUCUUGUCAUGUCUAUCGCUCAAAGAUACGACAACAUGGGUGCUGAAAUGGCUGACCUUAUUCAGGGUGGUCUGAUUGGAUUGCUUCGAGGAAUUGAGAAGUAUGAUUCUUCAAAGGGAUUUAAGAUCUCAACUUAUGUUUAUUGGUGGAUUCGGCAGGGUGUUUCAAGAGCUUUAAUGGACAACUCAAGAACCCUAAGGUUGCCAAUCCACUUGCAUGAAAGACUGAGUUUAAUACGGAAUGCAAAAGCCAGACUGCAAGCGAAAGGAGUGACUCCAUCAAUUGAUAAAAUUGCAGAACGUUUGAACAUGUCACAGAAAAAAAUCACAAAUGCUAUUGAGGCAAACACCAAGGUGUUCUCUCUUGAUAGAGUAGCAUUCGCCUCGUUAGAUAGUACUGGAGAAAGUCACCUCGAUUACAUUGCAGAUAAUCACGUCAAGAAUAAUCCAUGGCAUGAAGUUGAUGAGUGGGCACUUAAGGAUGAAGUAGACAAACUCAUUACUUUGACAUUGAGAGAACGGGAGAGAGAGAUUAUCCGCAUGUACUAUGGUCUAGACAAUGAAUCUCUAACUUGGGAAGAUAUCAGUCGACGGAUAGGUUUGUCUAGAGAAAGAGUGAGGCAGGUGGGACUUGUAGCGUUUGAGAAGUUAAAACAUGCUGCCAGGAAGAAAAGAUUAGGCACCAUGUUGUUACAACAUUGA